GAUUGCGUCAAUUCGGGUUUCAGCCACGUCUGGAGUCUCAGAGACAAGCUUUUCAGAAGAGCCAAAACAGGAACAAGGUGGCACAUCACUGCGAGGGUGCGUGGACCUCCCUGGACCCCUCUGGUUGCAGGUAGAGGUCGCCUGUUCUGCCUGUUUUCCUGAGAGCCAAAAGCCUGGCUCCAGGUUCAAGCAGGUGAAUCCGCCCAGCAUUCUAUUCAGCACCAGGACAGAGCACGCAGCAAACAUGGCUCCGAUCACCACCAACCGGGAGGAAUUCGAUGAAAUUCCUACAGUAGUGGGAAUCUUCAGUGCAUUUGGCCUUGUCUUCACUGUCUCUCUCUUUGCGUGGAUCUGCUGUCAGAGGAGAUCAUCUAAAUCUAACAAGACUCCUCCAUACAAGUUUGUGCAUGUGCUUAAAGGGGUUGAUAUCUACCCAGAAAACCUAAAAAGCAAAAAGAAGUUUGGGGGAGAUGACAAAAAUGAAGUCAAGAAUAAAACAACUAUGCCAAUGAGCUCACUGCAUCUUGAUCUUGAGAAGAGAGAUCUCAAUGGAAACUUCCCCAAAACCAAUCUUAAAGCUGGCAGCCCUUCUAAUCUAGAGAAUGUGACCCCAAAGCUCUCUAGAGAAGGAGAAAAGGAGACCACUUCCCCUGACAGCCUGAAGUCCAGCACUUCCAUUACUUCAGAAGAGAAGCAAGAGAAACUGGGAACACUCUUCUUGUCCUUAGAGUACAACUUUGAGAAAAAAGCAUUUAUGGUGAAUAUCAAGGAAGCCCGAGGGUUGCCAGCCAUGGAUGAGCAGUCGAUGACCUCUGACCCAUACAUCAAAAUGACGAUCCUUCCAGAGAAGAAACACAAAGUGAAAACCAGAGUGCUGAGAAAAACCUUGGACCCAGCUUUUGAUGAGACCUUCACAUUCUAUGGGAUCCCCUACACCCAGAUCCAAGAGUUGGCCUUGCACUUCACAGUCUUGAGUUUUGACAGGUUUUCAAGAGAUGAUAUCAUUGGAGAAGUCCUUAUUCCUCUUUCAGGGAUUGAAUUAUCAGAUGGAAAAAUGUUAAUGAGCAGAGAGAUUAUCAAGAGAAAUGUUAGGAAGUCUUCUGGACGGGGUGAGCUUCUGAUCUCUCUCUGCUAUCAGUCCACCACAAACACUCUCACUGUGGUUGUCUUAAAAGCUAGGCACCUACCGAAAUCUGAUGUGUCUGGACUUUCAGAUCCCUAUGUCAAGGUGAACCUGUACCAUGCCAAGAAGAGAAUCUCCAAAAAGAAGACACAUGUUAAAAAAUGCACUCCCAAUGCAGUGUUCAAUGAACUGUUUGUCUUUGAUAUUCCUUGUGAGGGUCUUGAAGAAAUAAGUGUUGAAUUUCUGGUUUUGGAUUCUGAAAGGGGUUCUCAAAAUGAAGUGAUUGGGCGAUUGGUCCUGGGUGCAACAGCAGAAGGAAGUGGUGGAGAGCACUGGAAAGAGAUCUGUGACUUUCCCCGGAGACAAAUUGCCAAGUGGCAUGUACUCUGUGAUGGUUAACUCUCUAGCCAUGAGCUAGAACGUAAACAUUUUUACAAGGCAAGGAGCAAUUUUCUUUUCAUAUGUGAUUGUAAACUUGUGACACAACAGGCUACUAUAUAUUAUUUAUUUAUUUAUUUAAAUUAUUUGAAAUGGAUUGAAUUUAUAGAGCAGAAAAUAGUUGUAAAUAUGUGUCAUUAUAAUUUCCUCCUUUAUUAGAGGUGUUGGACAAAUUUUCAUAAGAAAUUCAGUUUCCCCUUUAUGGUGUAAAUGGGGACAACCAAGCCGUUCAAGAGCACUCUAACUUAAUCUCAAGACACAGACAUGCUUUGUAGAUGACGAUGUCAUUAUGCUGUGUCAAUGGAUAGCCAGGUGUUCGUUAAUAGUUAGGAAUGGAAAGUAGAUCUUUUUUUAUGAAAAUUAAUCCAUGUUUCUUCCAGUUGAGGAGAUGUGGUUUUCUUUAAAUCCAAAGAUAUUUUAGAAAGUUUUAUUUACUUAAAUCUUUCAUGUGCAAAUAGUUGUCUUAUAUAUAAAAGUAUCCUGUCAUUUCUCUUUGGUUUGUAAUUAUUUGAUACAAUUUUAUCAUAAAAGGUGUAACUUAGUUUAACUUCAUGAAUACAGCAAAUAAGUUGAAAAAUCAGUUUAUCAAAGGGCUGUAUUGAAGAACACUGUGGCUAAAAUCGUUUUUUUGUCCCCUAAGACCACAUGUGAGUAAAAUCUAAAAUAAACCUCACAUAAAAGCCAUGGCCUUGAAUUAUUCAUUGCCCAUCAUAAUCUUCAAUGUGACCAGAGAAACUCCUAUUUACCUUUGUGAAGUUAUCAGAUUUGCUAUUGGUAAAAAAAUAAAACAAACUUCAAAUAGAAAUUCAAUUAGGACACAGUUUUCUUAGAAAAAUAUACACAAUACACAAGUGUACUUUCAUGACUGUCUUUUUUUCCUCAGACUGAGUUUGGCUACCUAAGUCUUAACUUAUUCUCUCUCAGAAAGAACUAAGCUAUUAGAAAAGAGAGACGAAAGAAGAAAAAGACUGAAAUUCUAUACAUUCCCAGGUUUAAACAACCUAAGGACCAAGACUAAGAUAAAGAGGACAAGACUAUUGCAAUUUAUACUUGUUCUGACAAUACACUUAGGCUGCCAAAUUAGCACAAAAAGUGUGUCUUUCAUUACCUUUACAGGCAAAUUUGUCUUGAGCUCUUGUUUUUAAAAUAGCUUAGAGACUCCUGUCAGGCACCACUGUCAGUGACUGGGUUCUGAAAGUCACACAAAUCCUUUGUGAGGAGAGCAGAGCUGUUGGAUUUUUGGGAAACAACUCCUGGGCAAUGUCACUAUAUUUAAGUUUUUAGAAAAGUAUGAGUGAGACUUGGGUUCCUCUGAACUAUUAAAUAUGCAAGUUAGAAAUAAAAAGUCUACUGAAGAUUUUACCUUUUGAGUCAGGUUUUGUGUCAGUAUUUUAGCAGUUUUUGAGAAUGUGUUUGAUAUCACAGUGUUUGUAAAUUCUAUGAAAACGCAUUUUCCAAACAACUUAUACAUAAUUUUUAUGACUAUGCCUAAGCUAUUCCAUUCUGUAAAGAAAAUGCAUUACAUUCUGUCUGUAUAAAGACUGAAAUCAACCUCUUUUAUGCUUUAAGAUGACUUUGAAAGUCAAACUAAAUAUUCCACGCUCAUGGUCAUUGCACACCAAGGUCAUUUCACAUCUCUGUCUAUUCAUCAGUUUCUGAAAAUGACAUAUAAUGAACUUCAGUAGAAAUAGAGUUGUGGAGGCCAAAUGGCCUUUGUGUGUAUGUACAUUUAGUGUCAUCGGCUAUGGACUGUAAUAUAUUUUGGAGUUCCAAAGUCAUGAGGCAUCAAUUCCAAGUACCCUACAGGGCAACAGAAGUUGAUGACUGUACCAACAAUAGAUGCUUAUUGAUUGAAAAGGAGUGGUUUUUAAAAAUAGAACAACAAAUCCAACAUCAGAUAUGCUUAAAAUCACAAUGAAUUGUUUGUAAAUAGUUUUUAGUAUUUACUAUUUAUAGUGUUUUGACUGUGGGAAGUUGAUUGAAAGUAAUUGUAACUGAUUUUAAGAAAAAAGAAAGAAAGGAGAAAAUCAAGAAAAGAAUUUAAACAGGCAGGGAGAUACAUGACCUUAUUAUUUCAGAAAAUUGUACUGUUUUAUAAUGUAUUACAAAUCAUUGUGAAUAUUGAACUCUGCUACAAAUCCUGUGCUGUAUUAACCAUGUAAAUUAAUUGUCUGUCUGAUUAGCCAGUCUAGCCACCCAAAUGGGGAGGUUUCCGUGUAUGAAGAACUGUGUGACUCAGUAAGUGGUCAUUCUGAUGUUGUAGCUCAAUAGAAGUGAUCUGGAGGAAAGCAUGGUGUAAGAGAUGGUGUCUGUUCUUUUGUGCCAGCACUGUAUGUUUGUAAGAUCAUGUUUGUAAGACAUAAAUAAACUGCUGCUUUUACCCAAACCA